AAUUUAAAAUCGAAUAUAAUCAAAUCAAAUUAAAAAAAAAAUAAAAUUCAAAUAAUUGGUGAAUAAAUUUAACUCACUUCCGGCCUUCAAAAAUACAUAUUGAAAACUAUUUGGAAUUCAGAGGAGAGAUUUACACCAUAUUUGGCCGGCCUCCAACAAUCGACGGUUCAAAAUCAGUCCAUCUCCCCCUUUCUUUCAAUCCAUCCAUCCAUCCACGGCUCCUCCCCUCUCCUUAUCUUCUUUUUUCAAAAAACACAAAAACAAAAUCAAAUUUUCCAAUCCGAAUUCCCCGCGUUCAUCCAUAAAUCAGAGGAAAGCUCCGUUCAGUUCCCAUUCUCCACCGUCACCUAUUCAUCACCAGAAAAGCCAGAAAUUCCCUUUUAAUCAUAUCUAUUGACUGGUUUAUUUUCACAAUAUUUUUGGAGCUUGAGAGUUUUGCCAUCUCUCCAUAGAUGGCGUCUUUGGGCAUUCGUUGCGGUUGCGGAGCAUGGAAACCCCCUCCGUCUCCAUUCUCUUCUCCGUCUCCGGCGGUUUCCAUUCCAUCCUUCCGUCUCCGCUUGAAUCCCAAAGAUCCCGCCCACCGUCGCCCUAUCAUCGCCCGAUCCUCUUUCCCCACUGUCUCCGCCCCCAUACGAAGAUCGAUCGCCGCCGGAUCCGAAGCGACCGGUCGUGACGAGGAAUCCCCCGGCGUCGUUAAUUCGGAGAAGCUGGACGAGUGGAUGAGAGAAUCGGCGGCGGAGAUCGUGAGGAACUUACGUGAAGCGCCUCUGUUCGUGCACGUGGUCGAGAACAAGAACGACGACGGCGAGAUUAGGGUGAGGACGGAGAAGGCGGUCGCGGAGGAUUGGUGUGCGCUCUCGAAGAAAUGGAAGACGGGGGAGAGGGAAUCGCCGCAGGGGAUUAUGCUUGUGGAAGAACUGGGUGAAGAACGAGAGAAGAAUAAGAAGGCGUGGGGGGUAGUGAUUCAGGGGAGAGGGUUGGACUGCGGACCGGCGUGUUACGUGCUGGAGACUAGCAGCGUGAGGUCGCCGACCCCGGCGUCGUGCACUCAUUUUUGUGUGGCUAGGGUUCGGAGCUUCAAGGAGACGGCUCAAUCCCUGCUCAGCAAUUGUUGGUUGUUACAAUGAAUUUUGUGCUCUGUGAAAGGAUUCAAUUUGUAUUUUCUUUUUUAAUAUUACGUCUUUGUUAGAAUUUGUAUCAAUUUUUUAGUGCCGAAUUAGGGGAAAUUUUUUUUGUUAAAUUUGAUAGUUUCGUCAUUUAGUUAGCAAAAAGAAACAAACUAAAAAUAAUAAUAACUAGAGUUGUUUGUUCGGG